GUAUUCUCAAUUAUAUUAAUGCGUCUACGUCACGUGCUACGUCACCUCUACGAAGGCUACGCGUCGUAUGAAGUGCAGUACGAGCGUAGAUCGACGCGUGAGCCUACGUCCGAUACAUGUUGUGCAAGAAAAUAUUAUUCUAAAUAAAAAAUCAAAGAUGACGAAUUUAUGCUUCACAAAUCCAUGGUCUGUGUUGCUGACUGUAUGCUACAUGUUUAUUCUGAGCGAGACAGCGACAGUCAAAAGACUAUGUUAUUGGUGUGGUCCUCUCGCAGAACAAGUCAACAGAUCUCCCCGCGCUCCGCCCUGCGACGCCUCUACUGAACCUAUUAUCACAGGAUGUGAACCCGAGUUUCCAUACUGCGCUGUUGUGGCUACUUCCCCGCCAUACGUGGAAUCAAGACUAUGUGUGAAACUCUAUCAAGAUGAAUGUUAUCCGUUAUUUUGCAAUUCGACAAGAACCUGGAAAAUGACGUGUCCAUGCCGCGAUGAUUUGUGUAACGGAGCUAAUACUGAAAGAGAGAAUGAGGCCUUCACGAUACUCGACAAGCUGGUCGCGAAGACGAAAACUUCCCGCGUUAAAAGAACUGGAAUAAGCGCAGUACAAUUCAUACCAACUGGAUCAGAUAAAACUCAUAUUGUCAAUAACAUAUCUGUUUCAAACAACGUUCCCAACCAAAUGACUGAAGAAAAUAAAAAUGACGGACGUAGAACGCAGAUAAUAAUCACAAAUCAAUCCACACCAGAUGAUGCAAACGUAAAUUUGGAGAAUAGUCUUACAACCACAGAACCAAUAGAUGAAGUUCAAUCAACGAAUACAGAGAUUACAAAUGUAGAAAAAGUUGUUGAAGAUGACGAACAUAAAAUGGAGAUAUUACCAAAUGAUUUGAUAAGCGACGAAAUAAUAAAAGUUGUAAGCAACCCCACCUCCAUGGAGGCGAUUGAUUAUAUACCGUCGGCUUCAGAAGAUAAAGUUGAUAAUGAAAAAUUACCUACUGCAGAGGCCCUUCAGCAAAAUACUACUCCAAAAGCAAACGAUAUCACGACCCCCUCUUCCGUCGAAGAAACAACAGAUAUGCAAACAGAUGAAAUAGAAAUGACAACAGAAAUAUAUUCGGACAAGAAUUCCGCUAGCAGUGCAUUAUAUAAAAACUUCAUUAUGUCCCUGAACGUUUGUGUUCUACAAUAUUAUACGUCACAUUUUAAUUAGUUUCUUAGAAAUUUUGCAAUAAAAUGAUCUCUUAGUUUUAUAUUUUUGUGCAUGAUCAUUGUAUUUUUUUCUAUAGAUAUAUAUAAAUGUGAUAUUAAAUUAGUUAAAAUUUUAGGUUCGUAGUGUUGCCAUGUAUAAAAUCUGUUUUAAUAAAACUGUAGUUGUGUUUUUAAA